AUGCACACCCCUAGUCUCGGCCCAAUAGUCAUCUUCCAUGUACUUGCCCCUGCAGUGCGUCUACUAGGCUUCGCACAACGGAAGCCGAAACUCCUUCUGUUUAUUAUACCGACAAUGUUCUCUCCAGUAUUACUUUUGAUAUUUCUUCUCGCCGCCAUUCUAUUCAAACUUCUUUCUGAUGCUUUUAAGAAAAGGAAAAUCUCUGCUGAAGCAUCAGCACGAGGAUGCGCGAGCCUUCCCAUCCUACCCAGAAAAGGCUUCCUAGGGUUAGGAAGACUGUCUGAAAUUUCAAAGGCAAACAAGGAAGGAAGGAGUCCACAAUGGUUCAUAGAGAAGUUUGAUGAAAUAGGAAAGGAUGUCCAUACAUUCAAAGCAUCAGCGUUGGACUACGAGUUAAUCGUUACUCGCGAUCCGGAGAAUGCAAAAGCUAUGUUCUCUACACAGUCCAGAAACUUUGAGAUCAGUCCUCACAGGAGAGAUAUCUGGAGUCCCCUGUUAGGUGAUGGUAUCUUUACAGCGCAAGGAGAGCAAUGGAAGCACUCACGUCAGCUGUUAAGGCCCCAAUUUUCACGCAACCAAAUUUCGGAUUUAGAUCUCGAAGAGCAGCAUAUUCAAUCACUUCUGAAUCUAGAAGUACUGAAAUCCGGAGAACAAGGCUGGACCCAACAUAUCGAUCUAGCACCAUUGUUCCUAAAUUUCACCUUGGAUGUAGCCACAGAGUUUCUCUACGGACGAUCAGUCAACUCUCAAAGUGCGCACAACCCAGACAUAAAUAAAGGUAUCGAACUCGACUCUGGAUUCUCCUAUCACCUUGACGCUGGUAAAUCCUGGCUCUACACAAAAGGACUCUUUGGGCGUUGGAAUCGCCUUGUAUAUUCUCCACAACUCACAAAGCACUGCAAAGAAGUCCACCGCUUCGUAGACGAGUUGGUCGUAGGGAAGUUGAACCAACCUGCCAAAUUAAACGCGGAUUCUGAUCGCUUCUGCCUUCUCAAUGAACUUGCGAAAUCUACACAAAAUCCUUUGGAAUUACGAAACGAGACAUUGCAGAUUCUGAACGCUGGACGGGACACUACAGGCGCAUUAUUGGGCUGGGUAUUUUACUUUCUCGUCCGCAACAAUCGCGUUUUUGACAAAUUGCGUGGAAUCAUCCUUACAGACUUUGGCCGGGAUCGUACUGGCGAAAUCAUAUUCGAGAAGCUCAAACAAUGCCAAUAUCUAAACCACUGUAUCCAAGAGACAUUAAGGGUGGCAAGUGUAGUUCCUAUCAAUGAACGCGUGUGUACUAGCGAUACAACUCUUCCGCGUGGUGGAGGUGAAGACAAGCUGCAACCGGUGUUUUUGCGCAAAGGACAGAGAGUGUUAAUUGUGAAUCACGCCAUGCAACAUCGCUCUGAUCUGUGGGGUCCAGAUGUUGAUGAGUUCAAGCCGGAGAGGUGGGAAAAGAGGAUAGCUGGAUUUGAGUUUGUACCUUUUGCUGCCGGACCAAGGAAAUGCAUUGGUCGUAAGUCAUGGAAACUCAUUUCCCAAAGUCUAACACUAAUGCUUGCAGCAGAACAAUUCGCUCUUACAGAAACGGCGUAUGUAAUUAUACGGUUCCUCCAACGGUUCGAUAAGAUCGAGAACAGUGAAGAGCCUGGUCCGCCGUUCUUUCAGUACAUAUUUUCAAAUAGGAGUGGCACAGGCGUGCAGGUCAGGUUACACGAGGCGGACACAUAA